AUGGCUGAGUUCAUUGGCCUGGUCUUGGAAGAGUGCCCAGUCAAUAUCGACGAUAUCGCCAAGGCGACUAGUGAUGACCCACUGUUGCGCAUCAUACAGCAGCGCGUCUUGAUGCAAUCAUGGUCCCAAGUCACACCCGCUGAAGAGCCAUACUACCUUAUCCGAGAUCAGCUGACGACCAUUGACGGCAUCCUGCUAUUCGGUAACCGCUGUGUAAUACCAGAAGCUCUCCGACAUGCCGUACUGCAGUUGGCCCAUGAAGGUCAUCCAGGUCGUGACUUAUUCAAGGAUGCUUUGCGACGACGAGUAUGGUGGACCGGCAUGUCUAAAGAUGCCGACAAGUUCGCCGAGCAGUGUUCAGAGUGUUGGCGCCAUCAUACAAACCCCGCACAAGAGCUGCUGCCAUCAGAAAUUGAAGGAGUGUGGCAGAAACUGGCGGUUGAUCUGGUGUGUAUCGAGAGUCAACAAGUAUUAUCCAUCGUCAACUACGGUUCACGCUAUCCGGAGCUACUUCCCUUGUCAGCUACCACAACCGCAGCUGUCAUUGGCCGGCUGAUGGAAGUGUUCGCGAGGUUCGGCCUGCCUAGCGUGUUGGUGUCCGACAAUGGCCCCCAGUUUGCCUCAGCCGAAAUGGCCCAGUUCGUGCAGCGGUUGGGUAUCCAGCACAAUCGAUCAAGCCCACGCUACCCCAGAUCUAAUGGCAUGGUGGAACGUCUUCAUCGAGUCGUCAAAGAGAGAAUUCAAUCUCUACGACCGUCCCUGUCUUUGCAACACCGUUUGCAACAAGUUCUCUUUGAUAUUCGCAACUCAGUGCACCGAAUGCUGGGCAUGUCACCCAAUGAGGCUUUCUUCGGUCGCAUGGUUCACACCCGUCUACCUCACCAUUCUACCCCACGCAUUGUGAAUGCUUCUCAUCAGAUUCGCGCCAAAGCUGAUAUGGCAGUCUCGCAUGAUAGUCGCCGCGGUGUCCGCCAGUUGCCUAUGCUGCGUCCCGGCACAAUGGUAGUCUUGCAGGAUGGCUAUUCCGACCCAACUACCCCUUGGCGUGUUGUGGAGCAAUAUGGCAGACAAGUCGGCGUCACUGAUGGCAGGCGGAUACUGCUCCAAAAUCGGCAGCAUGUGCGAGAACAUGCUUCACCUGCGUCAUCAACUGCCACCUCUUCUCGGUCUUUGGAUCUCCAGCCAGUUCCGUCGCCAGAUCCCCAGCCAGCUACAGAGUCAGAAGUGAAAUCCUCGGCACCUAAUGCAGAUGUGCCGCCUGCUACGCCUACUGCUCCGUGUGAAGCAGGAGUGAAAUCUGAGAUCAAAGAGGCCGAUGCUCAGAUUCAUCCCGAGUCCAGUGACCAAUCACGUCGUCAAUCACGCCUACCACGGCCCGAUGCCCAGUCUGGCUCGCUCUAUCGCGAGGGCUAUGUAACCCGCGCUGGCCGCACUGUCAAGCUCACUGAGAAAGCUGCUGGUGCAUUGAUGUAA